ACGACGGCGGAGAGGGCCGCGCGCGCGAGGAGCUGAGGCGGCAGCGGAGCCACGCAAGGCCGGCGGGGAAAGAGGCGCCUGGGAGUUAAGGGGAGAAAUCCCGGCGGGGCAGGCCUCGCCCCAAAGCCCGCUUUCCCGGCGCUGCGAGUCUUCCUCUUCCUUUUUUAAAUAAAAGUCCAACUUGCUUGGCCCAGGUUGUGAACGACGACUUUCAAGCCCACCCGAGCCUCCAAUUGCCAAAAUUGUGAGGGGAAACUGCAGGUCAUUUCGACGUGUGAGAUAUAAAUGAGGCUUUUAUUCAAAGAAGUAGUGGAGUCUUCAUAGUAGAAGAUCUCACAGUGAAGACUAGACUGGAUCGGAAAACUUCCUAUCAGCACAGCACAGCCUACUUCCUUUGGAGUGUUUUUGCGCUUCAUGCUUUGCAUAUAAACUCUUAAUUUUACCUGCUUUACAGGAAAAUGGCAUUUCAGUUCAACUUCUCUAUUGACAGUGCAGCAGAAAACGGAAUAGAGGCAGUUGGGAAUGGGAUGCAGGAAUUGGUACAGGAGUCUUUAGUCUUUUUGGACAAGCAAGAGAACACUACAGAAAAGAGUAAGGAGGUUUCCUCAGAAGAAACAAUAUUAAACCAGGAGGAUUUAUCAGAAAUCCCUGCUAAUGUGGCAGGCAACAGCUUUUUGAGUAAAAGCAACAUUAUGCCUAAAGAAGGCUUGUGCCUUAAAUGUGCCAAAGAACAUAAUCUCCCUGAAGAUUUCCAGAAAUUGUUUAAAAACAAAGUCGUGGGGACCCUGCUUCCAAGUACAUGCUAUGCAGAUAUUUCUGUGGUGGAGACAGCACCCUCUGAAAACACUGUCGGGGAAGACAUUGUGUCACAAAGUGUUUCUUCUCAUUCUGACCUAAUCACAGGUGUCUAUGAAGGAGGUCUGAAGAUCUGGGAGUGCACCUUUGAUCUCAUGGAUUAUUUGUCAGAAGCUGAAAUUCAGUUUGCACACAAGUUGGUUUUGGACCUUGGCUGUGGGGCCGGAUUGCUGGGAAUAGUUGCAUUAAAAAGAAAUGCUGAACAGGUCCAUUUUCAGGACUAUAACAGCACUGUGAUUGAGGAACUAACCAUGCCUAAUGUAUUGGUCAACUGUGCUAAUCAGGGUGAUGAUGUUGAAGGAAAUACUGAGCUUUCUCUAAAACAAUGUCCAAAGAAGGACUUUACCCAAGACUUGUUUUCUAAAUGCAAAUUCUUUUCAGGGGAAUGGUCAGAGUUUAGUAAUCUUCUAUUAAAUGGCAGUAAGCCUUUAGCAAAAUAUGAUCUCAUACUCACCUCUGAGACUAUUUAUAAUCCAGACUACUAUGAGGCUUUGCAUGAAACACUUUUAAAAUUACUGAGAAUUAAUGGGUGUGUUUAUUUAGCUAGCAAAGCACAUUACUUUGGAUGUGGAGGUGGGGUCCACCUUUUUACAGAAUUUAUUGAGGAGAAAAAUAUGUUUAAGUCUAGAAUUGUUAAAGUUAUUGACAAAGGGCUAAAGCGCUUCAUUAUUGAGCUGGUCUUUAAGAAAUCCUGUUAAUGUGCUCAGUAUGUUAGUAAAUACUUUAUUGUUGUUUUGCUUUCAUGCAGCUCUUACAAUAAAUUGCUAGCACAUUUUUCUUGUUUUAUGGUUGUGAAUUUGUUCCCUGAUCCUAUUGCUUCUGCAUCUACAGAGUCUUUGCUAGAAAUUAUCAUAUUCUUUUUUUAAAAAAAACAACAGUUUUGAGAUCAUUUGUUCUGAAUACACAAUGCUUUCUUGAUGUCUGCAAGAUCUCUUUUGUUGACUGAACUUGGUCCAACAAUUUUUUUGUUUAUUUAUUGAUAUCUCAAUACAUAUACAGUGGUACCUCGGGUUACAUACACUUCAGGUUACAGACUCCGCUAACCCAGAAAUAGUACCUCGGGUUAAGAACUUUGCUUCAGGAUGAGAACAGAAAUCGCGUGGUGGCGGUGCAGCAGCAGGAGGCCCCAUUAGCUAAAGUGGUGCUUCAGGUUAAGAACAGUUUCAGGUUAAGAACGGACCUCCGGAACGAAUUAAGUACGUAACCAGAGGUACCAUUGUACAAAAUGUUUAUAUAACAUUACAUAUACAUUAUACUUGUAAAUUCACAUUUUUCAUUUCAUUAUGUAUCAACAUUUAGUCAUUUAUUACUUCUUGUCUUUACCCAUGUCUUCCCUCUACCCAUGCGUGAGUUCCUAAUUUUUAUUUUAUACCUUUAUUGUUGUGAUUGUAUUCUUGUAUCUUAAUAAUUAAACAUGCAUUCUUUUAUAUCUA